AUGGUCUCCUCGCCUAAAGAUCAUCGACCCAUCGUCAUCUCCGGUCCUUCAGGUGUCGGCAAAGGGACACUUGUUCAAAAGUUAUUUGAUAAACAUCCUGGCACAUUUGGAUUUACCGUAUCCCAUACGACGCGAAAAGCGCGACCGGGUGAAAUCGAGGGCGUCGCUUACUUCUUCGUCUCUUCCUCCGAGUUUUCUUUCCUUUGCGCCCAAGGUGCUCUCGUGGAGCACGCCUAUUUCAGUGGCAAUUACUAUGGCACUAGUAAGCAGACCAUUGACGACCAAGCAAGAAAAGGGCUAGUUGUGGUGCUAGACAUCGAGAUGCAGGGCGUUAGACAGAUGAAGGCGAACCCCAGCAUCGAUGCGCGAUACGUCUUUAUCAAACCACCGAGCUUUGAAGCUCUUGAGGCGCGUCUCAGGGCCCGCGGAACUGAGAACGAGGAAGACAUUCAGAAGAGGCUCGCCCAGGCUCAAGUCGAACUUGAUUAUGCCGACUCUCAGGGCAGUCAUGAUAAAAUCAUUGUCAACGAUAAUAUUGAAUCGGCGUAUGAGGAGCUGGAUAUGUUCGUGUUUGGAUCGACAUAG